AUGGAGGUUGCCAUAUCUGCAGUUGCAGGAGAACUUGUGAGCCGGUUCAUCUCCUUCCUGAUGAACAAGUACUGCUCAAACCAUCAACGCUCGGAGGAGAAGCUAGCGGAGAGACUGCAGCACCUCCUGAUGAGAGUCGGCACCGUUGUCGAGGAGGCGGAUGCACGGUACAUAGUCAACUGUGGGAUGAUUACGCAGCUAAAGAUGCUCUCUGAGGCCAUGUACAGAGGACACCGCGUGGUGGACACCUUGAGGUACAAAACCCAUCAAGAGAGUGAAGGCUUCAAUGAGGUUAGCAUCAACGACUCAUCUAGCAGCUUGUAUUUAGCCAUUCGUUUCAAGCGUUCUCGAACAGCAACUGAGAAGGAAGACAAGGCAAUGCGCCUUGAGUCACAUGAUGCCUUGGAAAGCUUAGAAAUUGCUGUUGCUAACAUGGCAGAAUUUGUUGUGCUUCUGGGUGGAUGUGAGCGCAUGUCUCGUAGGCCGUACGACAUUUAUCUUUAUACCGACAACUUCAUGUUCGGCCGACAAGCUGAGAAGCAAAAGCUUUUGAGCUUCUUGUUGCAUCACAACCCUCCUGGUGAUGCACCAGCAGUUCUUCCAAUCAUAGGUGGUGUCAGGGUUGGGAAGAAAACUUUGGUUGCUCAUGUGUGUGGUGAUGAAAGGGUUCGCUCGUGCUUCUCUUCUGUUUUGCACCUGAAUGGGGAUAGCCUCUUGAGAGUAUUUGACCAUGGAAGUACCACGUUUGGGGUGAAGAUGUUGGUAGUUAUUGAGUUUGAUUCUGAUGUAUGUGAUGACGACUGGAAAGUUUUUCACUCAUUUGCCAUAAGAAUGUGCAGAGGAAGCAAGAUCAUCAUCUUAAGUAGAAUACAAAGAUUAGCCCGAUUUGGAUCGGUGAAACCGAUUCUCCUAAGUGUUCUGUCUUAUGAUGAGUUGAGCUACCUUUUUAAGAAAAUGGCAUUCGGGAGCGUAGACCCGGCAGAACAUCCACGGCUAGUACAAAUAGCAGAUGAAGUUACCAAGGAGUUGCACAAGCAAGGUUCACUUAUCGCCGCAAAUGCGUAUGCAGGUGUGUUGAGAAGGAAUCUUGAUGUACAGUUUUGGCGUUGCAUAUUGGACAAGGGGACAAGAUACACUAAAAGAAACCUGUUCCUACACGGUGCGCACCCAAGCAUGCUCAUAGAACAAGGCCAUCCAAUGGACAUAACGGACAUUGCUUUGCAUCCACUUAGCAUGACACCUUAUACAAGUAAUGUUCCAAUCAAGGAGGAAUCACCAAGUGUGACAUUGGCGGAACUUCUAGCAGAUCCUAGUGUUAGACCAGAAGGAGACUUCAACCUAAUUGUAUGUGAAUCAAGGAUACCCCCUCAUGAAUCAUUUGUUCAUUUUGUUACAAGUCAUGCUCAGGACGCACAUGAAGUUGGUGCCUUGCCAGGGAGGAAGCGACGGGGCGUGCCUAUCUAAUUUUGUUUCGGAACUCGUGCAAUGUAACUCUUGUUGUAUUUUGAAUUCUUAUUAUGUUUUUGUUCUGGGUGUGUGUGUGUGUGGGGGGGGGGGGGGGGGGGGGGUGGGGGGGGAUG